AUGUCGAACCAGCAACCGCGCAUCACCUUGCGGCCACCGCCUCACCGCGACUUCCUCCAGGGCUACCCGGGCAUCCCGGCGUCCGACCCGUCCACCGAUGCCGUCCCGACGCCCGACCCUCUCUACCCGCUCCCACACGUCCUCCGCCGGCAAGCUCACCUCUCGGGCACGGUCGAGGUGCGCGCCCCGCUCAAGGGCCUCAUCCGCUGCAAGUUCCUCUCGGUCGAGCUGGAGAAGAUCGAGGUGGUGCCGCCGCCGCCCAACACCGACCCGACGACCAAACCCAAGGCGACCGACCCGACCCGCAAGGACAACCGCUACGUCGAGCUGAUCGGCGUCGGCCCCAACAAGCUGUGGGAGGCCGGCGUCAGCGAGGGCGCCGACGUGCCUCGGCCCGCUCUCGCCGUCGUCGACAGCCCGCGCAAGAAGGGCCUCAAGGGCCUGUUCUCGUCGUCCAAGGCGCACAAGGCGCCUCGCCAAGACGACGACGACGACGACGGGUUCGACUACAUCCCGGACGGCAACUACCCGUUCUCGAUCCCGCUCCCCGAGGGCCUGCCGCCGACCGUCGAGCUCGACUCGCAUUAUCACGGCGUCGCGUACCAGAUCGUCGCGUCGCUCUGCAUCAAGGGCAAGCAGGGCCUCCUCAAAGGCGCGCCCAAGUCGACCAUCGUCAUCGCCUCUGCCGCCAUCCUCCUCAACAAGGCCGACAUCCUCCCGACCUGGCCAGCCUACCAGCCCGUCCUCCCCUCGCCGCUCCCGCCCAAGCUCCCCUGGGCCGCUCCACCCGGCUCGGGCGAGCUGACGCUCGGCGAGACGCGCGAGGCGCGCCUCGCGAUCCGCCGUCAGGACGGCACGGCGGGCGAGGUGUGGAUCAAGGCGACGCGCGAGGCGCUCGCGUUCGGGCCGGGCGACGCCGUGCGCGUGUUUGUCCAGAUUGGCUGGGGAGGCGAGAAGCCGAUCAAGCUUACUCGGCUUGACGCCGUCUUGCGCGAGACGUUGACGUACCGCCACCCCUCGCCGAGCAACCAGAACUACAUCGUCCGCUCGCCGCCCAAGGUGACGGCGCUCUUCACGGCCAACGCGAGCGUGUCGCCCGACCCGGACAACCCGAGCGCGUUCGCCGUCCUGUACGAGAACGAGCCCGUCGCGUUCGACCUGAGCGGCGUCGUGCCCAACAACCACACGCGCGUCACGGUGCGCACGGCCAAGCACGUCGACGUAGCGUACCAUCUCAAGGUGCGCGCCAUGCUCGAGGGCGGCGACGAGAUCUCGGUCGACAACUGGCCUGUCCUCAUCGGCGACUGCGACUCGCGCACGGCAAAGGGCAUCAUGCGCGACAUCGGCUGGGUCGAGGGCCUGUGUGACCGAGCGGGCUUGUCGCCCUCGUCGUCGGCCAACUCGGCGCCCGAGCGCGAGCACGAGCAGGCGCACGGUCCCCCUCGGCCCGAGGCGCAGCGCCACGCGAGCACCCGCUCGACGUCGCCGCCUGCGCCGACCAUGCGCGCGCCGGUCCGCCAGGACAGCGAGCAGCUCCCGCCGGCGUCGUCGCCCGUCGCGUCGUACCAGGACGCCGCUCUCGAGAAGAGCCGCCUGCUCAAGACCACGUACGGCGCCGCCAAUGGCGCCGGCUUCCACGUCGCCAACCCGACCUCGUCGCACGACCGCGAGCACGACGUGGACGACCGCUUCAGCCCCUCGUCCUCGUCAUCGCCGCCGCCGCCGCACCACCACCUCGAGGCGCCGGCGCCGAUGCGCCCGUCGUUCGGCGCGCUCUCGACGGCCGAGGACGAGAAGCGCAGCUACUACGAGCACGCGACUCGGCAGCGCGACGCGCUCCAGCUGUCGGUGCGCGGCACGGACAGUCUCUCGGCGCCGUCGCCGACGAGCCUCGUCGACCACCACCACGACCAGCACCACCGCUACAGCUCGUCGCAGCACUCGCCGAGCAUCGAGGACGACCCGCCGUCGCUGCAUCGCGCCGCCAUCGUGCACCGCGAGUCGCGCGACGAGCUCAGCCGGCCUGCUGGCGCCGCUCGCGCCGAGAACGACCGCUCGGGCCUGCGGGCGUCGCAGUUCGUCGAGGGCGGGCCGACGUUCGCGACGGCGCACCUGGCGCCGACCAGGUCCAACACGAUCAUGGCCCUCUCGGGCUCGGACGUGUCGACCUCGACGCCGUCCAUCUCGUCACCGCCGUCGCCAGCUCCUCCUCCCGUCGAGCCAGCUCCUCCUCGUGACGCGCCGACGUCGCCCGCCGCCCUCCUCGGUCGCAGCCUCACGACGGCUGAAGCCGAGAAGCGCCGCCUCUUCCUCGACGCCAAGGAGAUGGCCCGCAAGCGCCAAGAAGAAGCCCGCCUCGAGCUCGAGCGCCAGAAUCAAGCCCUCGCCGAGCUCGACUUUGAGGAGGCCCAGCUCGCGUACGAGGCGCGCCUCAUCGCCGAGGCCGAGGACGAGCGGCGCGAGGUCGAGCGCCUUGCGCGCGAGGCGUUCGAGGCCGACCGGCUCGCGCGCAUCCGCGCCGACGAGGAGCGGUGGCAGCGCGAGGAACAGGCUCGGCAGGCGCAGGCGCGUGCCGAGAUCGACGAGAGGCGCCGGCGCGCCGAGCAGGCCAUGCAGGACGAGCUGCGCCGGUUCAAGCAGCACCACCUCGAGGCCGAGCGGGUCCGUGCGGCCGAGAUCGAGCGCCAGGCCGAGGAGCGCCAGGCCGAGGAGCGCAAGCGCGAGGACGACGCCAAGCGCGCCAUGGCCGACGAGAUGCGUCGGCUCGACGACGAGCGCAAGCGAGACGAGCUCGAGCGCAAGUCGGCCGCGGCGCGCAAGGUCGAGAUGGAGCGGCAGCGGGCCGACGCCGAGCGCCGCCGGCUCGAGGGCGAGCGGGCGCGCCUUGCCGACGUCGCGAGGCGCCAAGCCGAGGCGGCCGAGGCGCAGAGGAGGUUUGACGAGGAGCAGCGUGCGAGGGCGAGGGCGGCCGAGGAGGAGGACGCGAGGAGGCGGGCCGAGGAGGAGGAGCGGUACGAGCGCGAGGAGGACGAGCGGCGCAGGUACGAGGAAGAGGAGCGUCACCGAGCUGCCGAAGCAGCGGCGGCGGCAGCGAGGCGGGCGCAGCAGUCGAGCGAGGGCAUGUCGACCUACACUCGUUCCGACUCGUACGACCGCCCGGCCUACCCGACGCCGCCGUCGAACGGCCGCACGACCUCGUAUGGCGGCGUCCACCGCGCGCCGUCCGUCCACUCCGUCGCCUCGUUCGCGCCGGGCACGUCGGCCGCCAACGCGACCGCCGAGUUCUACGCCCAGGCCAUCGGGCAGCAGUCGGGCCUCAGCGACGAGAAGGCGCGGUAUCUCGCGCAGCUGCGCGAGCGUCGCGCUCAAGUCGGCUCGCCCGGCCCUUAUGGCUCGCCGUCGCCGCCGCCGACGCACUACGACCCGGCCGCCCUCCAGCCGGCUUACCCGCAGGGCAACGGCUACCCUCGCGCGCCGCACCCGCAGUCGCCGCCGCCGCCGCCCGUCCACCCGGCGUACGACGCCGCACGGACCUCGGCGCCGAACUUGCCGCCCAAGCCGCCUCUUCCUCCGCACACGGCGUCCUCGGCUGCCAUCGACCCUCCCGCGGCGACGAGCUCGACGAGCACGUACAAGACGGCCGCCGAGGAGAAGGAGGAGGCCGCCGCUCGUCGUCGGGCCGAGGACGCCGCCGCCGCUGGUCGCCGCGCCGACGAGGCUCGCGGCAAGCAGCCGGCGCUCCCGGUCGAGGACGAGGAGGCGCCGCCGUCGUACCCGGCGCCGCCGGUGCAGGGUGGCUCGUCAUCGAGUGCCGCAGCCGAGAAGGCCGAGCUGGAGCGCUACUACUCAGCCAAAGCCGCCGUCGACGCUCAACGCGAAGAGCCUCCUGCUCCGCCGUCGCACCACGGCGCUGCGACCUUCGACCGCUCGCCCCUCGCCUCGCCCGUCCCGACGUACGAGCCCUCGCACGCCGCCGGGCCAGCCUACCCGGCGCAGCUCGACCGCCACGCCCUGCGCGCAUCGACCAACACGGUCAUGACGAGCUACUCGGACAACUCGUCGCACGAGCUGCACCGAGAUGCGAGCGUCGCCGCCGGCAAGCGUGCGCAGCGCCCGCCGUCGUCGUCGGCGGCGAGCGACUCGUUCGGCUACCCGGCAUCGUAUGCGCAUGGCAGCCACGGCCAGUUCGGCUCGCUGCGCAUCGACGGCAAUGCCGAGUUCGACGAUCUCGCGCAGCAGAUGGCGGCCGAAGCGGCCCGUGCGCACGGCGCGCCUCCUUAGACUCUUGGCCCCUUUCUAUUUCUCUCUCUAGCGUUUUUUCUCUGUG